AGAAAUAGCAAGGAGAAGCCUUGAGAGUGAUAAGGCUUUAAAGGAUCUUCAUUAAAAGCAAGAAAAGCAAGCCUUGUGUGGAAGAUCUCGUCUAUUUUGUUUGCUGGCUGUCUAGCUUCACAUGGUCACGUGUCGUGAGGGCAGCACAGUAAAAAGACGCCUACUCAGUGGGUUCAAGCAUACAGAGCUACUUUAAGCAACAUGAGUCUACGCUCAGGAAGAAAUUAUCUAAAAGACUACGCUGCUGAAGAGCUAGACGAAGCAGCCGGUGGUGAACAGCAACCAGACAUCGCCACUCAACCAGCUACAAUGCAGCAACAGUCUCAGCCAUUCGACACCAAGUCGCAGCAAUCCAGAACAUUGACAAGGCGGUCUCAACGGACAUCCUCAUCAACAGCUUCUGCAGCUGCAAGGGUCUACGCCAAAGCUCAAGCAGCACGAGAUCAACUGGCCUUCGCUGAAAAGGAAGCCAAUGCAAUGAAACAGAGAGCUGAACUGGAUGCUCAUCUACAUGUCCUCCAAUGCCAAAAAGCAAUAGCAGAGGCCUCAGCCUAUGAAGAAGCAGAGAUUCAGAGCGGGGAGCUCUAUGGAGAACUUUGUGAGGACGCUGAGCCCAUCAGUACAGUGCACCGCACUAACGAAUAUGUUCAACAACAAUGUGAGUUACUCUACCCAGACACUCAGCACGACCCAGCACAGCUUCCUAAAGUGAAUGACAAUGAAGUAGAUGUACAAGACAGUACACAAAUAACUAAUCCUUUUAUAACUAACUCUCAGAUGAAACCACCACCUGUAAACAGAGAAAGGAAACAGGAGCAAACAGUGAACACAUGUGUAGUCGACACGUACUGGUCCAACUCCCCAAAGCACACCCCCAACUUUAACAACUGCUUACCUGAAGCAAGUGAAACGCAACAUUUUGCAAAAUACCUAAUUCGCAAAGAACUAAUCAGCACAGGUCUUUUGCAAUUUGAUGACAAACCUGAAAACUAUUGGGCAUGGAAAACUUCAUUCAUCAGCGCAACCAAAGACUUAAAUUUGUCUCCAAGAGAGGAAUUAGACUUGCUAACGAAAUGGUUGGGUCCAACAUCAUCCGAACAGGCUAAGCGGAUUCAUGCUGUGCACACCCUCAAUCCUGCUGCAGGUGCGAAGAUGGUCUGGCAACGCCUUGAAGAGUGCUACGGCUCACCUGAGGCUAUUGAGGAUGCACUUUUAAAAAAGGUAGAGGACUUUCCCCAACUCACAAGUAAAGACAAUGUUAAGCUGCAAGAACUUAGUGACAUCUUAUUGGAGCUACAGUGUGCUAAACAAGAUGGCGCACUCCCAGGCCUUGCUUACCUGGACACAGCUAGAGGAGUCAGGCAAAUAGUGGAUAAACUUCCCUUCAACCUACAGGAAAAGUGGACAACUGUAGGAACACAGUACAAGGAGACUCAUAGUGUGUCAUUUCCUCCUUUCUCAGUUUUCACACAAUUUGUCCAACGGCAAGCGAAAAUGAGGAAUGACCCAAGCUUUGCUAUGUCGAAGGCCAACACCCAUGUCCCUUCUCCCACAGAAAAACUGAGGUCAUAUAGUCGCAGCCUACGGUGUCAGCACACAAAAUGGACAUUACGGCAGAGCCGGACCAGAAUAUUCUCAGUCCAAAGAAAAUGGAGGAACCGGAUCGCCAGUGCCCAAUCCACAAAAAACCACAUCCACUCAAAAAGUGUAAGCUUUUUAGAGACAAACCCAUUGAAGAAAGACAAGCCUAUCUCAAAGAGCAUCACAUCUGCUACAGAUGCUGUGGGUCUGUCCAACACAUUGCAAAAAACUGUAAAGCAGUGGUUAAGUGUAUCGAGUGUGACAGCCUUAAACACUUAUCUGCAAUGCAUCCUGGUCCUACUCCUGCCCGUAAGAGUACUACACCAGGAAACAACGACAAUGAAGAGCAAACUGAGAGCUCACCUUCAGUCGAGUCGAAGUGCAUAGAGGUAUGUGGCCAAAGUGAUAGCCCACGUUCAUGUUCUAAGAUCAGUUUAGUCAAAGUGUAUCCCGCAGGCCAAAAAGAGAGAGCUAUAAAAAUGUAUGCAAUAAUAGAUGAACAGUCCAACAGGUCAUUGGUUAAGUCAGAGUUUUUCAGCCUUUUCAGUAUCAAUGCCAGAUCCACUCCAUACACCUUAAAGACUUGCUCUGGUAGAGAACAAACCUCAGGUAGGAGAGCUGUAAACUUCUUCCUCGAGUCCUUGGAUGGAGAAGUCAACAUCCAUCUACCCCCUUUAAUUGAAUGUGACUCUGUUCCAGACAACAGAUCUGAAAUACCCUCUCCAGAGAUUGCCCAGCAUCACUCACAUCUUCUUCCAGUCGCAGAUAACAUCCCACCUGUCGACCACCACGCCCCAAUCCUUUUGCUCCUAGGAAGGGACGUCCUCAGGUUCCAUAAGGUACGUGAGCAAAUCAACGGACCCAAAGAUGCACCAUACGCCCAAAGGCUAGACCUGGGUUGGGUUAUUGUGGGGGACGUGUGUCUAGGAAAAGCGCACAGUCAGUCAGAGGUCAAUGUCUACAAAACACACACCUUAGAUAAUGGACAUGCAUCCUAUUUUGAGCCUUGCCCAAACACAAUUCACGUUAAAGAGAAUUAUGGGGUCACUAUGAAUGCUACCUGCGUCACAGACGAUUUGGGACACUCUGUGUUCGUUAGAUCUGAGGGUGAUAACAAACAAGCCAUGUCUAUCGACGACAAAGCAUUCCUGACAAUAAUGGACAAUGAAGUUUAUCAAAACCAAGAGAACAGCUGGGUUGCACCUUUACCCUUUCACUCACCAGAAGGAGGCUCCCAGACAACAGAGAACAAGCCCUAAAAUGCCUCUGCUCUCUCCGAAAGACUUUGGAAAAGAAACCAGGAAUGAAAGAUCACUACAUCCAAUUCAUGCAGAAAAUGUUGGAUAACGAUCAAGCCGAGCCUGCCCCGCCUCUGCCAGGAAAUAAAGAACAUUGGUAUCUGCCCACGUUUGGUGUAUACCACCCACAGAAGCCACAACAAAUACGAGUCGUGUUUGAUUCAAGUGCAGAAUGUGAUGGAAUUUCGCUCAAUCAAGUGCUUCUUGGCGGACCUGAUUUGAACAACUCCCUGUUGGGAGUGCUGUUGCGCUUCCGCAAAGAACCCAUAGCCCUGACAGCUGACGUGCAGCAAAUGUUUUACUGCUUCGUUGUGCGCGAAGACCACAGAGAUUAUCUGCGUUAUCUGUGGUAUGAGGACAAUGACAUUACAAAGAACAUAGUCGAGUUCAGAAUGAAGGUCCACGUGUUUGGAAACAGCCCGUCGUCUGCUGUUACCAUCUACUGCAUGAGACAGGCAGCUCAACAGGGUGAACGAGAACACGGAUCUGAUGCAAGACAGUUUGUUGAGCGUCAGUUUUAUGUUGACGAUGGGCUCACAUCAGUCGCCACGCCAGAGGAAGCAAUCAACCUGCUCACAAGAACGCAAAACAUGUUAGCAGAGUCUAACUUGCGCCUUCACAAAGUGGCAUCAAACUGCAUUCAAGUCAUGGAAGCUUUCCCUGUUGAGGAUCGUGCAAAGGACCUGAAAGAUUUAGACCUAGUAGUAGACCCCCUUCUAGUUCAGAGAAGCUUGGGACUCUGUUGGAACCUACAAUCUGAUAGCUUCACUUACCAGGUAUAAAACGAGAGCAAACCUUUCACACGGAGGGGAGUAUUGUCGACAGUUAAUAGCCUCUAUGACCCUUUGGGAUUUGCUGCUCCUAUAAUAAUGCAGGGCAAAUCAUUACUCAGAGAACUGUCAUCUGAUGGGAAAGAAUGGGACACACUUUUACCCCCUGAAAAGCAGGAGAGGUGGGACUCAUGGAAAGACUCUUUGCAAGCCUUUGAAAACCUCCAAAUACCAAGGUGCUACAGCCCAGGUACGUUAAGAACAACAAAAGUGAAAGAACUAUGCAUUUUCUGUGAUGCCUCCACUGUAGCUAUAGGUGCAGUAGUCUAUCUGCGUACAGUUGACAGUGAAGGAGAGUGUCAUACUGGGUUUGUAAUGGGGAAGUCUAAACUCGCACCCUGCCCCGCACACACAGUACCACGCCUGGAACUAUGUGCCGCUGUGCUCGCGGUGGAAAUGUUUCAGUUCAUCAGAGACGAGUUAGACAUUAAAGUAGACAAUGUGACAUUUUACACAGACCGUAGGAUUGUGUUGGGGUACAUACACAACACCUCCAGACGAUUUUACAUGUAUGUUGCCAACAGAGUUACGCGCACUAGAGCAUCCACCCAUCCGCGUCAAUGGCAUUAUGUACCAACUGAGUUAAAUCCAGCUGACCAAGCCAUUAGGUUCAUUCCAGCAGCAGACCUGCAGAAUAGUACCUGGUUCUCAGGUCCACCCUUUCUGUACUCUGACACACACACAGAACCACACACUGGUCCUUUCAUGCUCAUCGAACCUGAAAAAGACAGAGAUACGUCCAGAAAUAAAAGUAAUGAAAACUACUGUAGCAGAGCCACAGUUAGGUUCUGAGCGUUUCAAAAAGUACUCAAACUGGACCACUCUUUGCAGAGUCAUAGCCAGACUCAUUCAUGUAGUUACAUCCUUUGCACAAAAGACAAGUGGACAAAGGGGAUGGAAAAGUUUCAGUGAGACACCAAAUGUCCAAGAACUCACCAGAGCCAAAGUAGUCAUCAUUCGAGCUGUCCAACAAGAAGCUUACAAGGGGACUCUUGAAAACAUUAAAGAAGGAAAGGCCAGUGGCAUAUUUGACGCACUCAAAAAGCUCAAUCCUGUAGUGGACAAGGACAGUCUCUUACGAGUCGGUGGACGUCUUUCCGCUGCCGAUCUCACAGAAAAUGAAAAGCACCCUCUGAUUAUCCCAUCUACCAGCCACAUCGCCAUGCUAAUUGUAACUCACUAUCAUGAACAAGUAGCUCAUCAAGGAAGACACAUAACUGAAGGAGCUAUCUGUGGUGCUGGGUACUGGAUAAUUGGAGGGAAGCGGCUCGUGCCAUCUGUCAUUCAUAGGUGUGUCACAUGUCGCAAGUUGCGAGGCAAAAUGCAGAUCCAGAAAAUGGCAGACUUGCCCGCAGACCGAGUAACCCCUGAACCACCCUUUACCACUGUAGGCCUAGAUGUGUUUGGGCCAUGGACAAUUGUGACACGUCAUACAAGAGGUGGUUGUUCCCAGAACAAAUGUUUGGCUGUGUUAUUCACAUGCAUGUCAACUAGGGCUGUGCAUAUCGAACUGAUAGAGACUAUGUCUGCUGAUAGUUUUAUCAAUGCAUUACGAAGGCUCUUCUUUAUUUGGGGCCCAGCCAAGUUUCUGCGCUCAGACAGAGGCACCAAUUGUAAGGAAUUAGGCCUAGACUGAGGAAACAGAGCAGUAGGAAAGUACCUGCAAGAGAGAGGGUGUGUUUGGGCAUUCAAUCCCCCUCAUGCGUCUCACAUGGGAGGCUCGUGGGAGCGCCUUAUAGGGGUCGCCAGGCGCAUUCUGGAUGCAAUGUUGUCACGAACUGAACAAACACGUCUUACUCAUGAAGUGUUGUGCACCUUCAUGGCUGAGGUGAUGGCAGUUAUUAAUGCAAGGCCUCUUGUCCCCAUAUCCACUGACCCUGACAGUCCUGCAGUACUCACUCCAGCAAUGCUACUAACGCAGAAGAUGAGUGCUGUGUCUGCUCCACUCGGGAACUUUUCAUCAGGGCAGUUGUUUGGGAAACAAUGGAAACAUGUUCAACACCUGGCUGAUACCUUUUAGAAAAGGUGGAAAGGAGAAUAUUUGUCCACCUUACAAAGUCGUGCAAAAUGGACAGAGACUAGACCUAAUGUUAAACAAGGAGAUGUGGUCCUGCUAAAGGACUCCCAAGCCAGCAGGAACGAAUGGCCCAUGGGACUAAUAGUAAAAACAUUCCCCAGCAGCGACAAGAAGGUCCGAAAAGUGGAAGUGCGGACUGUAAAAGAUGGGACUGUUAAAAUGUUUCUCAGACCACUUUCAGAGAUAUUUGUUUUGCUUGCAGAGACUGAAUGAAUAUUCUUCGAUGCUAAAUGAUGUUUGAAUAUGUUCUAUUGAUGUUUAUAGUGAUAUAAUGUGUUUAUAUCAAGCGGGGAGUGUUAUGCCUUUUGGUCAAAAGUCAGUAGUUAGUGCAUAAUCUGAUUAAGUUACGUAAGCAAGGUGAUAAAUAAGUUCAAAGUUAAGAAAUAUCAUAAGUAAUUCAUGCUAAAAACAGUUAAGAUGUGUGGAUUUGAAAUUUGCUCAGAGUGCGACAUCGUUAUCGCAAGCGAUCUUUGUAUUGUACGUGCGGGAAUGGGAGCGAGGAAGCGCUCUGAUCAUUAACCUAUCUGACGUAUUUUCUCCGUUAAUGCUGUGAAAAGUGCUUCGGCAGUAUUAAAAGAGUGAAAGAGUUCAUGUACACGCUAAGAGUGCCCUACACGCUUGUACCUUGGGAAACGUUCGUCUUUGUGAGUAUUAAUGUGUUCAGAAAUAACUUUUAUAUGUGUUUACCUGGAGUUAACUGUGAUGCUAAUGUAACGCAUGUGUUAAGCUAGGCUAAUCUUUAAGUUUCUCAUUAAGAUGUGUAUUAGCUAGCAAUUUAUUUUCACUUUCUGUAUGUUUCAGUUACAAAUAAGAAAUAGCAAGGAGAAGCCUUGAGAGUGAUAAGGCUUUAAAGGAUCUUCAUUAAAAGCAAGAAAAGCAAGCCUUGUGUGGAAGAUCUCGUCUAUUUUGUUCGCUGGCUGUCUAGCUUCACAUGGUCGCAUGACGUGAGGGCAGCACAAAGGUCCAUACGCACGAAUGAACAUAAGGGUGAUUCCCAAAGGGCUAUUAGUCAAAAACUUUUUUCAGUGUGAGAAACUGAACAAGUGGAAGACAAAAGAAGUACGUGGCAGGGGUGCGGUCUCUGGCCUGCUGCAGCGGAGGGGUGUUACGUGACAACGGGGACGGAGAAGGUGUGUGGAAGGAAGCAACUGUACCUGAGUGACUGGUGCUGGAAAGAAAAAACAGUUGCCAAAACAGAAUAAAACUGACUUGCAUUGCAUGAAA